UUGAUCACUCUUGUUUGGCUCCCUCAGAGUUGAAACCUAGAGAGGCAUUUCGUGCUGAUGACCGGGCGUUUCCGAUCUUGUCAGUGUAGGAAGUGCGAUAAAAGAUGGCUGCAACACUGAGACCAUACCUUAAUGCUGUUAGGUCAACAUUGACUGCUGCUAUGUGCCUAGAAAACUUCUCUUCACAAGUUGUUGAAAGACAUAACAAACCAGAAGUAGAAGUCAGGAGUAGUAAAGAAUUAUUGUUGACACCAGUAUCAGUGAGCAGGAAUGAAAGAGAAAAAGUUCUAAUAGAAGGUUCUAUCAACUCACUCAGAAUAAGCAUCGCCAUCAAACAGGCCGAUGAAAUCGAGAAGAUCCUUUGUCACAAAUUUACCCGUUUCAUGAUGCUCAGAGCAGAUAACUUCUUUAUUCUUAGAAGAAAACCUGUCGAGGGAUAUGAUAUCAGCUUCCUCAUCACAAACUUCCACACAGAGCAGAUGUUGAAACACAAGCUUGUUGACUUCAUCAUCCAGUUCAUGGAAGACAUUGAUAAGGAGAUCAGUGAAAUGAAGCUCAGUGUCAAUGCUCGUGCUAGGAUUGUUGCAGAGGAGUUCCUCAAAAAGUUUUGAGGAAUAGUACAUCUUAGUUCUUCAUCAUGUCUUUUAUACACCAAACCAUUCAGAGUCUGGCUCCCCUUGCUGUACAAUACAUUCCUUGAACAAGGAGAAACUUUUUUACACCUUGUACUCUGACUUUAAUACUCUACCAAAAAAGCACCAAAAUUUAGAUGAUGCUUCAUUUCUGUUUAUUUUUUAAAAUGAAGUUCAGCAUUGCUAUUUUUAGGUUCUUAUUCUAUGUCUUUAUUCAUUCUCUAUCUCCUAUUUCAUCUCUUCAUUUUCUCAUUGGCCAUUUGUUAGGUUACCAAAUUUAAUGCACAGCUUAUCUGUCAGUUACUUUGAUAGGGGUGAUUCUAUUCUGUGAUUGUUACACUCAAUUAUUUCUUGGUUGACUUUCCCUAAUUCACCCAGUUCAAUAUUCUACUUAUGAAAUGCCUUUUAAUUCAUCCUGCACCUCCCAAAGUCAAAUUUUCUCCAAAUAAUGUGUUUGUGACCUUUCAAUGAGUAAUGUAUUUGUCAGCAUUCUUGAUUUUGAAAUAUCAUUUAUAUUAUCAGGCAAAUGGAAUCAUUAGUAUUCUAGUGCUUAAUAACAGAAAGGUUUGCAUUAAAUUUGAUGACAUUAUGAGAAUGGCCAUUUAAUGAUCACUCAUCUUAUGUUGUCUCUUCACUUAUCCAUUCAUCUACUCAGUUCUUCACUUCUUCCUAUAUCUCUUUCUCUUUGAGUUAGAAAUUGAUGAUUGCCUUCCAUUGGCUUAGGGUAAAGAAGGACGAUCUCUGUAUGAUGAUUAACAUGUGUCUUAUAUUGAUCUUCAGUUAUGGUAUGCCAUACAAGAAACAACAAAAGGGGGCCUGCUAUUAAGGUGAUAUAAUCGUACUAGACUAUCCUUUAUCAUUGUAGAAAAUGUACAUUUCCGUUGUACUGUAUCUUUAAACAUAGCAUUAUGAAUACUACAAUGAGGUGAAAGAAUUAAUGAAUUGAAGAUUUAUUUAUAUAGACUAUCGAUUUGAAUGCCCAUACUAAUGCUUUUGUUUGUUAUUGUGUUAAUUUGUUGUCCGAUCAUGGUGCAUUGGAAAAGUUUACUGUAAAUCAUGCUAUCAUUUUGUUUUGCAUAUGGAAGAUGGUCAUCUACAUGUAGAUAACAAAUACAUUAGUAAUAAGGUAAUCUUAGUUUCAAUAUGAAGAACCUAUAUGUAAAAUGCUCUAUAGCUUUCAUUUUGUAAGGAAUAGUUAGGACCAUCCACCCAUUUUGCAAUACUCCCCAAUAUAUCCAAGGUCCAAGUUUUUAAUUCCAUAUACAUUUAUAAUUGCUAAGAUACCACUAUUUUUCAUAAGAUUUUGCCAGUUUUACUCAUGUGCAAAGAUUUUUUUCUUUUCAAAUUCUUUAUGAACUCAGAUGACAAUGUAAGAAUCAAAGCAUGCACAUCCUCUUAUUGUAGCCAAUAUCCCUCAUUGUGAAGAAAUUAAUUCUUGUUAAGUUGCUCUAAAUUAAUCUUGUAGUCCCGUGAGAUUAUUUCUCACACCUUUUUGAGAUGUGUUGACCAAUUGCCUCAGCGGGUUCAUAGUGGCUGAUGUAUUCCAAUGAUGAAAAAUUGGAGAAUAAUUCAUGAAUGAAUGUUUAGAGUCUCUCAAUUUAUCUCAAUGAAUGAAGAUAUCUAAAGGAAUUAUUAUAAACUAAGUAAGCAUAAAUUAA